AUGAAGCAAGGGGAGGAGGCAAUAGGGAGCGACGAAUUACAAGGUGCAGGAGCGAAGAAAUUCGGCGACCAGGGAAGAGCAGAGUGGGGCGAAGAAGGAAAGGGAGGGGAGGGGGGGAUUUGCCGGGGGUGUUUAAGGGGGGUGAUGUGGGAGGAAGAGGAGGAGCAGGACGUGGAGGAAAUGGAGGAUGUGGAGGACGUGGAGGAUGUGGAGGACGUGGAGGAUGUGGAGGACGUGGAGGACGUGGAGGACGUGGAGGAUGUGGAGGAUGUGGAGGACGUGGAGGACGUGGAGGCUAUGAUCCUGGCUAGACGGAGCACUUUCGUGGCAUGGCGCUUGCGACGACCCAGAGGAAACUCAAAAAGCUAG